UAUUGAGGUGCCUCAAUCGACACAAGUGCUUUUUUUUUUGCGUCUCUGUUGGCUUGGCCGAAAAGAAGACGUCGCGAACCUUUGUUGUGCAGUUGCCGUCCUCUACCAGAUAAUCUAUUCAAAAAAAAACAGCUUUAAUGCAAAAAAAGCAUUCUUGUCGGGUCGGUACUUUCGCGUCUUUGAAAGAUUUCAAGCUUGAUGAAGGCUCUAAAAAUGUCAUUGGUAUCAUCAGCCAUUCCCCCGAAAGCCCCACGGAAACGAAGACAGGCCAACUGAGGAUGAAUAUAGUGAUUCAAGACAACUUUGGCGAGAGUCUUGGAAUAAACAUUUUUUAUUUCAAAGACAAUCGCAUUCCUGAAUUGAAUAGAGGCGACAUCAUUUCGUUGUCGCAAGUGGACACAAGGAAAUAUAAUGGGAAAAUCCAAGGAAACGCCCGACUUCCUCUGUGCGACAUGAUCGUUUGGGAGAUGAACAGCACAGAAGAACGUCCAAAGUAUUCAAACCAUCCUAACUCGAGUGAUUUUUUUGAUGCGUCGUUGGUGUACGCAAGAAAACUCCGAACUUGGUGGCUUGGCCGACGAGCCUCGCAUUCUUCGAUACCCGCUCACUAUGCUUCUGGGAGCCACUUAGCUACCCCUCUGUCUCAAUACUCGUCUCCCGCACCUAAGGCGAUUCACUAUCCACCGCCCUCUUCCAGCUGUCGCGUCUGUUCUUUCGAUGUGCUUUUAAGAGAUCGCAACAUCAGGCCCUUUGCGGUCUUGGCCAAAGUUAUACACGGGAGAGAUGACGACACUCACUACAAGCAACGAUACAAGGUGUAUUUGUGGGACGGAACUGGGAGCAUAUCGAUUAGAGUUGAAGAGAGCAUCUACAACAGCGCCAAGGACUUGAUUUCUCUCUCCUAUUGCGAGGUCCCGUCCUAUGGGACUAUACUACCGUUGGUUUUAUGGGAGGAAAACGCCCGAGACUUUAGAAGGGCAUCUCUUUUACAUAAAUGGGUAAAAUUUACCAACUUGUUUUUGAAAUCUUACAAAUCACAGCUGGAGCUGUCUCUUUGCGAGGGUCAGCGGCUGGAAUACGAAAUUUGUGAGGCGCCGGAGUCAGCCACGCAGAAGAACUCCUUAUCAGAGGCGUACCAGACCGAUUUACGAACGCCACAAAAGAAGGUCGAUGUCCAGCACGCCGACUCACAGGAAUUGGACGCAUCACGGUUGUCGGGCAUUAAACCCGUUCGUCCCGUCGAUCAGGCUUCCAGUUUACCGUUGUCCAAAAUCUUGAAUCACCAAGAUCAGCCGGUCGUCUCGCUUCUUCAAAUUCUCAAGAGCUCGCAACCCACUUCGAAAUUCAGGACUCGGUGCGCCGUUAUCGAUUACUGGCCCAGCGACAUAUCUUUGUUUUUUUUCCAGUGCUGUACCGGGUGUCAAAGAUUAAUGGCUCACGCCAGCUCCGUCCAAAGGCCUGCUUGUCCGGACUGCAUGGACAAAGGAGCCGAGGGAGAGCGGUGUAGCCUCGAAUGCUAUUUUCAGCUUAUUGUUGCUGACGAGACGGGGACGCACAUGGCUGUUGGCGUCAUCGGAGAAGAAGCUAGAAAGUUUCUACGUGAUGCGGAUUGCUCACCAAACGACUCGGAUUUUUUGUCUACGUUGAAAAAGCGCAUGGAUGCCAUCGUUUCUGCGGACGGCGUGCUUGAAUGUUGUAUUUACUCCUACCUGUCAAACGAGUCUCCACCGCGCAGAAAAUUUAGAAUUUUCGACACAGAGCUGCUACUCUAGGAGCGUUCGAGGAUCCGUGUGCGACACUGGGCGGUCGGAUUGCACGUCGUGUGAACGGGCGAAGAAGCACGGAAGAGAGAGGGCAGUCCCCGCCGCUCUUUCAGGGAGACGCGCCGUCAUACUCUUACACAUCUGUACGACGCAUACACCCUAUUAACCAUGUAUACGUGCGCUGUUUCGCGGUGGCGUCGCCGUACGAAUCGAAAGGCGGUGGUAUAUUAGGAGGUGCAUAACCUGUUGUGAAGCGGUUGUUCUUGGCGUUUUGGAGUGGAAUCGGUGCCUUGUGUUCGCGCUUUGCAGGACUGCACUACGUUUUGGAAGUGGCUCGUUGCGCCCGUACCGGACGGUCCUCGGGUCCGGAGAGGGGAUUGAGGAUAGCAUUUAACGCGUUGAUUGGCCCUAUACAUUGACGCGCCUACGCCGGGCAUUAACACCUGUGUUUUUUUUUGUCGGUUGCUUUGUACGUUUGACGUUGAGGGAGAAAAAUGGCUCGGUCUCGUCCUCCCCGCUCUGCCGGCGCCCGGGGGUUGCGAUGAGCCCGGUCGAGAGUGGGUGCCGGUCUUUUUUUUUGGCGUUUUAUUGCGGGGUGGGUUGCCGUCCGGUUGGAAGUCGAGUAGCCCCGCGCAGAGGGGAUGGGGAGUCGAAGACGUGCAUGCGAGGGUCGCCCCUGUGCGCUGCCCUGUACGGGGGCAUCGCGUUGGCAGAGGGCAUAAAAUAUGUGUAUGUAUAGAUAGAAAUUUUACGUGAAAAAAA